AUGCACAAGGCGGCAUGUAAUCGGAGCCGACUAUCAAAUGUAAUGGACACUCAGAUCUACAUGCAAUCCGCCGAACAGAUGAUUACACCAAAUUAUGUCGGAGGCUUCAGCCCGCAAGAGACUAAGCACCUUUUACGGCGAAAGAGAAACAGGUCUCUCGUGCUUCGCGAGGAGGAAUCAGGGGUGGAGUUCGAUGGGAUCGAACUUGGAGAACUCAUUCCACCGAGAACAGCAGCGCAUGUUGAACAAGGGUGGACGUUUCAGGACACUACUGAUCUGGUGUAUAUUGGACAAAGGAAAAGAGUUGAACUUGUCAGAUGGUGCAGUGUCUUAUCUUCCAGAGGUCGUGCAGAAAGAAUAGAUAUCAUUGCCAGGAUUAUAUUUCCAAUCGCCUUUAUUAUGUUCAAUUUCGCCUACUGGGGUAUAUAUCUGAAUGAGAACGAAGUUUAA